UUUUCAGGUUUUUCCUGUAAAAAAACAGGGCCUGGAAUUUGGCUGCUUUGCUGGCAGAGAGAUAAAUGUCACUGCUCACCUUCAGUACCAUUGACUUCAGGAUUUGUGCUUUUGACAGAUCUGUAGCUGAAUGCUUGUGCAGCCUGGACCAUUGGUAAUGAAGACUUGAGGUAAUAUUGUUGAUACGGGAAUAGUCUGAAGGGAUUGGAGCACAGUCACACAGCAUAAGGUGACAGGCAGUUGUCGGUUACAUCAGCCACACUGCGAAACUUGCAAUGAUCUUUUCAGUUUUUAGAAUGGCAAUUUGGGUUGGAGGGUACUUCUCAAGGUCGUCUGGGUCAACCUUCUGACCAGAGCAGUGCUGACUUUAAAGGUAGGUGAAAUUUUUCAUGGCUGUGUCCAGUAAAAUUUUGAGUAUUUCUGGGGAUGAGCAUUCAACAAUUUCUCUGAUUUCCCAUUUGUUUUUGUAGCUUAUUCAGUGCAAAAUGCACUUGCUGUAAUGUCUGUUGUCAGAGUCUGGCUCUAACCAUCCAUCUCUAAUCAUCCGUUAGGUAGCUGGAGAGUGCAGGUCCUGCAGCCUUGGUUUCCAAGCUGAACAAACCCAGCUCAGCCUCCCUUGAGCCGUGACAUGAGCUGCAGCCUUCUGACAGUCUUGGUGGUCCUUGCUGCAGGUUGGUCAAUGUACUGAGGAGCCCAGAACUGGGUGUGUUACUCUAGGUACAGCUUAAAAAUGUUGAUUACAGGGAGGAAAUAACUUCCUUAACCUGCUGCUCAUAUUCUUGCUGUGCAGCCUCCUAUGGGGCUGGCCUGUGUAGCUGCAAAUACUGCUGACUCCUUUUCAUUCUGGCUACUGUUAGCCCCAGGUCUUCUCGUUUAUAGCUUCUCAGAUGCAGGACUUAAAUUUUCCAUCAGCACAUCACUUCAGCCAGGAAGGAUCCAACUGAGUAGGAGUUCCCUCCUCCUGGGUUUUGGGCUCUGCUGCUCCUGUCCUUUGCCAGCAUUGGUGUCAUCUGAGUGUUCUCUAUGGCACUGCCUAGGUGGGUAAGACAAAACACCUGAGGUACUGCACUUGCACCUGUCCAUCUCCAGGAUUUCAGAUUGGUGGCUGCUGAAGCCCACCCCAGUUUUCACUGCCGUUGUAGAUUGUCCAUCCAGUCCCUGAAUGUGCCUUUCCUGUAAGUCAGGGUAAACACCCACUGCUCUCCCCUUGUCCAUAGAGCUCAUCACAGAAGGCAGCCAGAUUGGGCUAAGAUUAUAGUGGUGACUGUUACCAGUUGCCUUAUCCCUCAUGGGCAUGGAUGUUGGUUUGAGGAGGAUUGGUUCCAUCUUUCUCCUCUUUGAAUGGCUGUGAUGUACAGAGAGUUCAUCACAGUCUAUCAAGGGAGUUGAUCUUCCCAUUUUUCCUGGGGUUCAGAUGUUUUCCUAGGGGUGUAAAAGGUUUCUUCCUAUCAGUCUGAAAUAACUGUUACAAGUGCUGUAAGAAGUUGAGUGCUGUGGUCUGCUAAAAGCAAGAUUUGAGGCUUACUCCAUUUAGAUGUAAAGGAAAAGCAAGGAAUUCCUUCACAUCCUCCUCAGCUGUGCUCACCAAGAAUGUGUUUGGUCAGCCUGCCUGAACCAAAAGGGAUCUCUGCUUGGAGCAUCAAGGCAGCGGAGAGGUGCAAUAAAUCCAGCCCUUAUCAGCAUUCCUGCUUUGGGAGGGUGAUAAAUGUGUGGGGCAGCUGAAAACUGCACAUCGGGACACGGAGAGCAUUGAGCUUUGUCAUGGAUGGCUCUGUGCAAACUCUUAGGUCAUCUACCUCCUGUAGUUGCUUUAGCUUUGCCUAGAAACAUUCCUGGGAGAGACAGUGGCUGCUGAGAGCACCUGGUGGAGGAGUGGAACCACCCCUGCCUGCUGCUGAAAGGACCAGCCCAGGUGAGAGCGAGGUGCUGCUGCUCUCACCUGCUGCCAGAAGGGGAGGCUCCAUGGCUGUAACCCAUUACCAGGAAAAAUGUAUAAGCCUGAAAGAGACUUGGUGCCAUAUGUUGCAACUGACUACCAGAACAGGAAUGACUUGUAGACAGGGGAUCAGCCAUGGUGUGAAAGGGACAUCAGCAGGGCAGCCAAGAGCAGGUUAGAGAAGAAACCUGGCAGCACAGGUCCCCCUGCUUCCUCCUGCACUGCCUUGGGCUGCUGGUGACCAGAGGGGCAAAACAAGAGGCAAACUGCUGCUGCUGAGCAGUGGCCAGGAGUUGGUGGCUCUCACUCCUUGUGCUCAGGCACCUUCAGACUUAUAUCUUCAACUCAAAAUAGUGUGCAGAGCAUAAGGAAAGGCCAUCAGUGGUCCCAAUAUACAGCUCCCUUUCUAUCCCUCAGUUUACCCUGUGCCUAAUCAAUCUGCUCGUGCUAUGUCUCUUACUUCUGGCCACUGAAGCACCACUGCUGAAAUUAGGAUUUCCUUUGGUAUAUGGUUCUUGAUAUGAAAACGUCCUCCAGUUGUUUCCUUGACUUCAACAACAAACUGCUGUUCCCAGCAGGUCUUGGGGCACCUGUGAGGGUGGUAUCCCCAUUUUCCAGGGACAGAGAGGCGAUGGAGAGAGCGGGAGCCGAGCGGUGCCGGCCCGGGACAGAGCCCGGCGGGGGGAACGAGCCCCUUUGCACUGGCCAUGAAAUCAGUCAUGUCCGGCACCUUUCGGUCCUGCCCUCGCCUCUCCCGUCGCCCGCGCCCCGACAGCGCCGUCCGCAAGGUGGGAUGGAUAACAGAGUCCCUGGUGCUGUCAGCAAUGGUGAAAUGGUGCCCACACACCCUGGAGUGGAAAAGGAGAAGGAGGAAGAAGAGAAGGAGGAGCAGACGCUGGAGCGUGGUCAAUGGAACAACAAGCUGGAGUAUGUGCUGUCUGUGGCUGGGGAGAUCAUUGGCCUGGGAAAUGUCUGGAGGUUCCCAUACCUCUGCUACAAGAAUGGUGGAGGUGCCUUCUUCAUCCCCUACCUCAUCUUCCUCUUCACCUGUGGGAUCCCAGUGUUCCUCCUGGAGACGGCGCUGGGGCAGUACACGAGCCAGGGAGGGGUGACUGCCUGGCGCAGGAUCUGCCCCCUCUUUGAAGGAAUUGGCUACGCCUCACAGGUCAUCGUCGUUCUGCUCAACUUCUACUACAUCAUUGUCCUGGCCUGGGCCUUGUUUUAUCUCUUCAGUUCCUUCACCAUUGACCUCCCCUGGGGCAGCUGUGACCAUGAGUGGAACACAGGGAACUGCAUGGAGCUGCAGAAGGCAAACUCCACGUUCAAUGUGACCAGCGAGAACGCCACGUCCCCGGUCAUCGAGUUCUGGGAGAGGAGAGUGCUGAAGAUUUCUGAUGGCAUCCAGCACCUGGGUGGUCUCCGUUGGGAGCUGGCUCUGUGUCUCUUGCUGGCUUGGAUCAUCUGUUACUUCUGUAUUUGGAAAGGGGUCAAGUCCACAGGCAAGGUGGUUUAUUUCACUGCCACAUUCCCAUACGUCAUGCUGAUUGUUCUGCUCAUCAGGGGAGUCUCCUUGCCCGGGGCAUCCCAGGGAAUCCUCUUUUACCUUUAUCCAGACAUCAGUCGCCUUGGGGACCCUCAGGUCUGGAUGGAUGCAGGCACUCAAAUCUUCUUUUCGUAUGCAAUUUGUCUGGGAUGCCUGACAGCUCUGGGCAGCUAUAACAAAUACCAUAACAACUGCUACAGGGACUGUGUGGCCCUGUGCUUCCUCAACAGUGGCACCAGUUUUGUGGCUGGCUUUGCCAUCUUCUCCAUCCUGGGCUUCAUGGCAGAGGAGCAGGGUGUGCCCAUCGCCGAGGUGGCCGAGUCAGGGCCUGGCCUGGCAUUCAUCGCCUACCCUCGGGCUGUGGUCAUGCUGCCCUUCUCCCCACUCUGGGCCUGCUUCUUCUUCCUGAUGGUUGUUUUGCUGGGACUGGACAGCCAGUUUGUCUGCGUGGAGAGUCUUGUGACAGCUCUUGUGGACAUGUACCCCACCAUCUUCCGCAAGAAGAACCGCCGGGAGACCCUCAUCCUGCUGGUCUCCAUCCUCUCAUAUCUGGUUGGCUUGGUGAUGCUCACAGAGGGUGGGAUGUAUGUUUUCCAGCUCUUUGAUUACUAUGCUGCCAGUGGCAUGUGCCUGCUCUUUGUGGCCAUCUUUGAGACUCUCUGCAUCGCCUGGGUCUAUGGUGCUGAGCGUUUCUACGAUAACAUUGAAGACAUGAUUGGCUACCGGCCGUGGCCCAUCAUCAAAUACUGCUGGCUUUUCAUCACCCCUGCAGUCUGCAUGGCAACCUUCCUGUUUUCUCUGAUCAAAUACACCCCAUUGACAUACAACAAGAAAUAUGUGUACCCGUGGUGGGGAGACACCCUGGGCUGGCUGCUGGCCCUCUCCUCCAUGGUGUGCAUCCCUCUCUGGAUCGUCUACAAACUCUCCACCAUCAAAGGCUCCCUCAGAGAGAGGUUCCGCCAACUCACCUGCCCACUUGAAGACUUGCCUUCCAGGCCAGGCACAGAACAGCCCCUUCCCUCCACCAGAGCUGGCCUCCUGAUGCUGACAGAGCUCGAAUCUCAUUGCUAGGACCAGCGUGGCUCUCCCUCCCUCUCCCCAGGAUGGUUUCUAUACAGUGUUUGCCACCUGUUGGAUAACACAAGGAUUCUUCACUCGCCAAGAAGAGAGGGAUUUCUGGGCUGAGCUCCCUUCUCUGGAGGAUUUGAAGGGCUGAGGAAGAGGCUGUCGUGGAGAUGGUCUGUGUGGAGUUAGCAAUGCACCUUAAUUCUCUCCCUGGAGAGAACUCUAAACGGGCACAUCAAGCACCAGUGUUCCUGAGCAUCCCCAGGCUUCUGGUGGGCAGAAAGGAAGGACUGACCCUGGGGUAAAGAGUGUCAGAGUCUCAGAGCUGUGGCUCCAGUGUGGACUUUGGGAGCUUCUCCAUCCAUUCCAUUAAAUAUGUGUUUUUCCUGA